UUGACCGGCAGCUUUGGGUCGGACGUUUCGGACGCCUCGAUAUCAGCGGCUGGAGACAUCUACACGCGGGAUUGGAGCGGUGAAAUCUUAGAUGCGCUGGAAGUUCGCCGCGAUCUUUUCCCACCUAUCGUUGAAUCAACUAGCGUGGUUGGCGAAAUCACAGCGGAGGCAUCAGAAGAAACGGGGCUCGCAGCCGGAACGCCUGUAUGUGCCGGUGCGGGCGAUAUGGCGUGUAUGGCCGUGGGCGGUGGUGUCAUCAAACCGGGAGUCGUCAACGUCGGAAUCGGUACAGCGGGACACGCCCUAGCUUUUGCCGAAACCGUCAGCGAUGCAGGGUACAAUCAACUCUGGCCCAUCUGCCAUGCCGUGCCGGGAAAAUACAUUUGGCUCGGAUGCACAUAUACCGGCGGACGGAGUUUAGCAUGGGCGCGUGACCAAUUUGGCGAACGCUUUGAGGACUUGACGGCACACGCUGAAAGCGCACCUGUGGGCAGUGAUGGACUGUUUUUCAUGCCUUGGUUUCAGGGGGCAGCAACGCCGAAUCCCGAUCCCCACGCACGUGCCGGGUGGAUCGGCUUGACGUUGCACCACACAAAGGGUCACAUGAUUCGGGCACUGAUGGAAGGGGUCGCCUUUGACCUGCGACACUCGCUCGAAUGCUUCAAGCGGUUAGGUUCCCCGAUUGACGAACUCCGCAUCGGUGAAGGCGGGGCGAAAUCUGAACUCUGGAGCAUAAUUCAAGCCGACGUUUUCGGUCAGGACGUGCGGAUAAUGGAAACGCGGGAGGUUUCCGCUGUCGGCGCGGCGAUAAUUGCAGGGAUUGGCGUUGGCGUGUUUGCGGACUUUGAGUCUGCAUGUGAAAAUGCAAUUGUGUUGGGCGAGACGGUCAGGUGUGAUACGGAUCGAGUGCAACAAUAUGAGGCAUACUAUCAGCGAUAUUGUGAAUUGUAUCCGAUACUCAAGGAUUGGUUUCGUCAAUGA